AUACCUUUCAGGGUAGCACUUUACUUUUUCAUGGGUGGCGACUCUAGAACGGAGACGGAAGAGACUUGAAAAAGUUUUGACCAAACUGUUUGGCUGCGUGAACUUUUCACUUGGACAUUUGCCGCACGCACACAUGCUUGUUUGUGCGUAUGUGUGGCCUGCAUGUUCCAAGGAACUUUCAGUACAUUCCUUUAGCUCAUUGUUGAACAUUACAGUGGCUGUGUGAGGUGUUUGGUAGAUGGGAAGCUGGAAAAGGUAACUCAUUCCUGCUCCUAGAACCAGCAGAUGUUUCAGGCAGCAGAGUGACCAGACAAUCCCAUCCACUUGCUAGUCUGCCAGCGUGACCCUUACAGGUCAAGCAUCACAGCGGGGAAGAAGGGUCUCCUCCUGCCGCAUCCAGUUUGUCCUGCAGAUUUGAUGAUAGUGUAGAAGGGAUUUCAGUGAGUAGGAGGACAGCAAAUUUUCAAUUUGUUUGUGUAACAGUGUAGCAUAAAUCUCCUCUAGAGCAGAAAGACAGCCAUUUGAUAAGAGUUUUACUGGCACGCGCACUACGUCACCUCAAACUGACCAGGGACUGCAGUGACCAAACGUCGUUAAAAGAAAAUUGCAAAGAACAUGGCGAUAUUCAGAACAUCGAAUUGUUUAGCUCGUGCCUUUCUAAAGAAGCCGAAAACCGUGUGAGGGACUGUGACAUCUCAUUUCUGGUCAUUGAGUUCACGUGGAGAUAUGCUUCACGGUUUUAUCAGCAAUCUGUUCAACCGAGGUGCUUCACAAUUCAGAGGAACGAUACACAAUCUGAUGGCCACUGACUGGAAGGACUAAGAUGCUUACGCCCUUGAAUAAAGAGAAGUCCCUACUUUUAAUCAGAGAUUUUUAUGCCGAUAUUUAAAAAGUCAGUUCCAGCGUGUUUGUCUCGAGAAGACCAUUUUAUGGCAGUGACAAUUGCUUCCACGACGGAGGGAAAAAAUAAACAGUCGACGGAAGCCACACAGCUGCUCAGAGUUAUCGUUCUUGGACCAUUUUCUACCUCCCCCUUCCUGAUGCCAGGCACACGAUGCUCGGCACGCGAUGCUGGGCAGUGUGUGGGUGGAGAUGAAAGCAAGCUGUGGUUCAUUUGAUUUAGGAUGUUUUCAACCAAUCUCAACAUGUUCCACUUCAAAACAAACAUGAAAUUGGACGAUACCCUCGAGAACUUCCUCAACAGCGUGGGGCGAAAGGUCAAGGUUAGACGCGAGGACUCGACCAGGCGCGCCACCUAUCGACCUUCAGGAACUAGCUGUGGAGCGCCCUCUGUCAACCGUCGUUCCUUUGCCGACGAGGAUCUGCAAUACUUUGAACGCAACAAUGACGGAUUUCCUCUUGCUGCGAAUGACGAAAAAAUCAAACAGCUUGAUGACAGAGUUGUCAGCGGAUAUUCGCCAGUCGCUCUAGCAGAGUCAGGACCGGCAGUAGUGAAGGUCAAGCAGAAGUCAAGGGCGAGUGUUUGGUCAUCGGAUGCUGGUUCUGUGGCGAAACUUUGGAAACUCUUCCCUCUAACUGCUCCAUCAAAGCCCAAAUUUUUUGAUCGGUUUAUCUCUGGCUCAGGACUUACUAAGAAAAGCUGUGUUGACGCACCCAGACACAAGAAGCAUACAAGCACUUUUCUGGCCAAGAAGGACAACACUGAUGACAGAUCUGAGUCUUCUGAUUAUGAAGCAAAUCUUUCAGGUGCACAGAGCCUGGAGUCUGAGGACACCUUUGGAGACUUGCAUGUGAUCAAUGAUUCAGUUGGCUGUGCCUUUGAUGACUAUGACAAUGCAGCAAAGACUUACCUUUCAGAGUCUGAGACAGUUCCUGAAGCAGACAGGGACAUUGGCUCCACCCCUCCAUCAUCUCCCAUAGUUCCUGGCCUUGUUAAACAGCGCCUUCAGAAUUUCCAAAAACUGUCAUCUGAUGGUGACCUUAACUUUAUGUGUUCAGGGUCACAGCAGAGGUAUAGGAGUGAAGGAAAAAGUGUUCCAGGGUCACCAAGGUCAGGCCGUCGCUGCUUUAGCCCCGUGUCAGAAAAGGCCAACCGUUUGGUAAAAAGUUUCUACAGUUUCUCCCGCAACAGUGCAUUCUCCCAAGCCGUAAUGGAAAAGGGAUAUGUGAGGGCUCUUGCAGAACAGAUUAACAGUGGGAAGCUGCAACCAGUUUAUGAUGAUGAUGAAAACAUAAUUUUGGCUGGGGCUGUGGACUCAAAUGAAAAUGGGAGAGGUGAACAUGUGGACAUUGCAAAGACAGAACAGUUGGGUGUUUCUCCUUGCGAAGAAAACAACAUUGGUAGGAAUUUGACUAUGCGGAGGAAUUCUAACCAUGAUCAACAGACUGUCAUUUGCUUUUCCCAUGAAAAAGACAUUGUAAGCAAUAUUCAUGUGACCUCUUGUGGUCUGUUACUAGAUGAUGACAAGCUGGACAAAGGCACAGAUGAGCAUGCUGAUUACAAACCUUCAGAACAGUUCAUCCUUUCUGGCCAGGUUUUGCCUCCCUGUGGAUCCUCUUUCCAGUCCCCAUGCUCUCCCAAGUCCCCACGCUCCCCACGUUCCCCACGUUCCCCACGCUCCCCACGCUCUCCACUCUCUCCCCAGUCUUCCAGGGCAAAGUUAAAAGAGGGUUUGAGCAAUGACAGCAGAUCUGAUCCCCUUGAAAAGAACAGUAAUGACAAACCAAAGUUUUCCAGAUCUACCAAGAGCAAUCCAUCAGUAGAUUACCAUGUGCCUAAAUUAAGUGUUUCACAUGAUAAUGAUGACAUUCCAGAAUCUUCUGAGCAUGGAUGUGUGGCAGCAGUGUCUGCUACAGGGAGUUUGGAAGAGUGCACACAGACCAGCAAAACCAAUAGCCACCUGUAUGAUAACAUACUAUUUAAGAACUCCACACUCACUCCAGAAGACCUUUUUAACAUGAGCUGGACAGAUAGUGACAGCGAAUUUUCUGAAGAUAGUGAUUUGGAAAAGGAGUCAACAGAGAAUGCUAAGCCCACACUUGUGGAGGCAUUGAAAAGUGAAAUGUGUUCUGUAUCUGCAGUGGAUCUUGAGGAAAAUUUGGAGACUGAUGUUAGUCAUGAGCAGAAGCUCAUAUCUGAGGCAUUAAACACUGAAUGUUUGCCAAGGACAGAGCAAAAGCAGCAAGCUGCAGAAAGUGUGACACCCAGAGAGAAACUUCACCAGAUAGCAGACGAAUUGCUGAAAACAGAGCGUACUUAUGUAGCUCGACUUAGAUUGCUUCAUGAGGGCUUCUACCUUCGCAUUGACCAGGAGAACCGGCAGCAUAACUUUUUGGCUGGUGAGCAUACUCUGACUGAUAUGUUCUCUAACAUUCAGAGUAUAUAUCGUUUUCACAAUGACUUUGUGCUGCGGGACCUGGAACACCGCAUGGAGAGAUGGCACCAAGAGAAGAGAAUUGGAGAUCUCAUGAAGAAGAAUGCCCCUUUUCUAAAGCUCUACACAGCCUAUAUCAAGAACUUUGACCAUGCCAUGAAUCUCAUCAAUUACUGGCUUGAAAAGUCACCCAGGUUUGCUGCAAUAGUCCAAGAAAUACAAAAAUCACCUGAAUGUGGCAGUCUUUCUCUCCAACAUCACAUGCUAGGGCCAAUCCAGAGAGUGCCACGUUAUGAACUUUUGCUCAAAGAUUAUGUUAAACACUUACCUCCUGAUUCACCAGACAAGCAAGAUGCUCAAGAAGCCCUAGAUCGUGUUACAGAGGCUGCAAGUCAUUCAAAUGAAGCCAUGAAAAAAAUUGAGAAAUUUCACAAACUUCUGGACAUUUACCAGAAGCUACGAGGCAUCGCUGUUGACUUUAUCAGCCCCACGCGAGACUUUGUUCGUGAGGGGCCUAUCACCAAAAUCUCAGCCCGCAGUGGGGAAAAGCAAUCACGGUUCCUUUUCUUGUUCAAUGACCUGCUACUUAUCUGCUCAGAUACCCUGAUGGGUACUUUCAGGGUGAGGUCCCAGUUAGACAUUGAUGGAAUGGAGGUCAAGCGUGGGGACAGCCUGACAAUCCCCAACACUUUCCUGGUUCACAGCAAGCAGAAGGCAAUUGAGCUUCUUGAUGAGAACCAAAUUAGUGAGUCAACUAGCUGGUAUGAGCUUUUGAAGAUAGUGAUACUAGAAUACCGCAAUCGAAAAAGGUCUCUGCGUAAUGAUGGUGGUGCCAGUGAUGCUGGCAAAACAUUCCCUGAGGAUGAUCAAAUGCUGGGCAAACAAGCACCUCGCUGGAUUCCAGAUGAUGCAGCCACCAUGUGCAUGAUUUGUGAACUUUUGUUUACGCGACUCAGACGUCGCCAUCACUGUCGUGCGUGUGGGCAGCUGAUCUGUGGCAGCAAGGGCUGCAGCAAGAAGGCACCCCUGGAAUACAUGGACCGCAAGAUGGCACGGGUGUGCACCAGGUGCCAUGAGAAAAUCGUCUACAGGGGCCAGUCUCAGGCCUCUUCUGGUGAAACCUCUCCCAAAAAGAAAGGUAUUUUGCAGGUGAAAGCUAGUGAUCCAGGAUUGCUGUCUGGAUACCUUCAGAUCAGUGAAGACACUGGCAAGACAUGGAACAAGCGCUGGUUUACUCUUCGUGAUGACUUCGUCAUGUACUCUUUUCGUGCACGACAGGAUGUGAGUGCCUACAACUCCCUACCAUUGCCUGGUUAUACAGUCGAAAUCAUGACAGAGUCUGACAGACUCAAUAUGUUUAGAGUGCAUCAUAAAAAUAAAAAAGUGCUGCUUUUCCAAGCAGAAAAUGAUAGAAGCCUGAAAAAGUGGGUUGGAGUGCUCAGCAAACUUGUGCUCGCCCAGCUUCCUGAUGAUUCACAGCGCUUGUCAUCACAGUCCAACUCAUCUACGAGCAGCAACACCAGUGACAUGGCCACCCCUACAACUGCCAACCCAAGCAGUAGUAGCAGCAACAGUGACAAGCUCAGCCAGGCAGACAGUGGCUGUCCCGCUGACAGCUUGUUUGAUGACGGUGUCAUGGAUGGUGAUCUUGCCAGUGUGCAGGAGGGAGGAGAGGGGGAGAAUAAUGGGGUCGCAAGCAUCAGAUCAUGAUUUAGUCUGGUAAGAGAAUUGACCAGUCAUUAAGUAGCUCAGGAGAGCCAGGUAUGCCUCUGGGAGAGAACUCUUUUCCUUUUGUACCAAACAGACUAAAAGGAUUGAUGUCUUCUGCUAAGAUUUUAGUUUGAAAAAGUGUUGCAAUUAAAUUUGAUAGCCUGAAGAAGAAAAAGUAUAACAUUGGCUCUGCAGCCCCUUAAGUCUCAAGUCUAUUUGUUGAAGAAAACAGGCUUGAGACAAAUGGUAGCCUGACGGACAGUUCUUUAAGACUUGAAACAGGGGUGAUUGUGCAGUCUGAGAUUGUUCUUGUUUUGCUCAACAAAGAUAAAUAAAGACCUGAUGCCAUCCCAAGCUUCAACAAGUAUUGGUAGCUUCUAUGCAUUGGUAAAGGGAUAAAGUUUCAAUAGACCCUUAAAGGUUGUUUUAAGUCUUCAUCUGUUUUAAUCUCAGAAGUGGUUUUAAGACUUAGUCUGGUUAGGCAGUGAUUUAAUUAUUGAUCUAGCAGUAUUUCUGGACAAAAGUUGUGUUCACAGAAAGGACUGGUUGCCCUUUUACAAGAAUAUGCACAAAUGGUGUGUAUAGCUAUAACCAAACUGUUACUGUACUGUUUGUUAAAGGUUCAGGCAGCUUGUGUGAAAUCAAAUUUUUACCCUGAAGAGUGAGCAAACCAUGCAGUGUUAAGGCAAUGGUCACAAGCAUUUCAGAUUAUCAGAUACUUGUGAAGUGACGCACAAAGGGAAGGAGGAGCAGUACAAGUCUGUGUAAUGCCAUACUGCUGCACAGAAGUUCAUGCAAGUUCAGUAGCGCUAAAAAGUCCCACUGUCAGUUUGGAAAUCCAAACCAAAGCUGGUUACACUAUCCAAGCUUUCAGCCUUCACUCAACCUGAUGUGCAUGUUACUAUGAUGCAUUCCUUUCAAAAGUGCCUAACCCUAUGAUCCAUAAAGCUGCUGUCAUUAUUCAGCUGGUUGUGAUUGAGCUUACUUUUGUGAUGUAUCACUUGACUUAUCCAUUAUAAUACCUUCUCAGUAGCUUUUAUAAUACCUUUUCAGCAGCUUCACAAUGCUCACUUGAAGUUUCUAAUAAAGCAUGGUCUAUCUUUUAUUUUUUUUAGUUUUAUUUUCUAGCAUGUUCUUGUCAAACCACUGUAAUCAACUAUUUAUGAUCCAUGUUUCACAAUCAAAAUCUAAUGUUAGCAUUUGUAUAUAAGUGGAGUACUCUGCUCUGCAAAAGAUCAGCUGCUACUAUGAUUCCUCUACCAUUAGUAUCAUUGCAGCUUCUUAACAAAGCCACUACACCUUAUUAUUUCAUCACCUUUAUUCACUACCACUCUUCACAGUUCUCUCUACAUUUCACUCUUCUGCCACUCAUUGCAAUUUACUGUACCAUCAGUUUGUUUCACCGCACCACCUCAACACAAAACCUCAUUAGAUUAUGCCACCAUGAUACUUUGCAUAUUAAAACCUCAAGAAAUAUAAACAAAUUUGUUAUGCACUUUCAAAUUCAGUUAUUUUGAGUAGGUGAUCAUGCUCUUUGAAAGUGGGUGCCCAUGUAGUUUAUGUAUGGCUAAUGCCAUAUUACAUGAAGUUAAUAGAAGAGGCAUGGUUUGUUAAGGGAUUUUUGUCAAUUGAGUUUUAAGAUCUUGAACACAUAAUUUUGUCAAAAUCCCAGAAAGUUUUAGCCAAUUUCAUGCAUGUUGAAAUGGUGGCUGGCUUUUGUAGUUUCCUAUUUCAAACUGUCAUUUUUUCAGUUUUAUAGAUUUUCUCAUCUCUGCUCCCAUAUAUGUAGAGUAUUACACACUACUAUAGCUAAGAACCUUGACUGAUAUUGUGACACUAGUUUUCUCAACAACUGUGACAAUGCCAAAGAAAUGGGACAAGGUUGAAGAAGGCAGCUGAAAGCUUGAAUAUAGUAACUGGCUUGUUGGACUUUAAUAGGGGUUUUCCCUCCCUCCUGAAGCAUUCAUUAGUAUGGUAUAAGGUUGUUGAACAAACUGAAGAACUGCAAGUCUUGCCCAUUGUACGAAGAGUGGAUAUUUGUUAACUUUGUUUUAUAAAUCAUAAAACCUUUAUAGAGUUUGGUGUUUCAGUUUUUGAUUGUGGACAGAAUUUAGGUUGCAUACCUUUCACUGUUUUAAUUAAUGACUGUCAAGAACAAACUGGACAAAGGUCCACUACAUUUUUCCAUUCCUGGAUGAGUGUGUGAGUUUGUGCAUUUAUAUUUCUAUGACAUUACUUGAAUCAAAGGUUAGCCUAAGUCCAACAAAGAGAGCUCAAAGUUGCUAGCAAGUUAUCAAAAUAUAAAAGUUGUUUGUUGGAAAAAUGCAUAGUGAGGUUAUAUAUUUUUUAAAGCACAUGUGGACCAUAAUUUAUAUUUUUGUAAUCAUAAUAGCUGCAGCCUGUGUGGAAGCUUUGAGCUUAAUGAGGCUUCACCCAAUCAACAAGUUGCAUUAGGGAUGUAGAUGACAUCUUUCUGUUAACUCAGGUGAAAACUGCAAUGUUCAAAGGCUUGUUUUGCAUGAAUGGAACAAAAUUAGGCCCAGAUUUGGGGAAAUCUUUUUAAUAAACUAAGCUCAGUUAAUUGAAAAUAAUAUUGCAAUUAUGUUAGUUUUUAGUGCUAGUAUAAAGGCUAAAGUCUUUGAGGAUGCAUUGAUGAAAUUAGUAUUUAUGCAUUGCAUUUCUGUAUUUGUUAUAUUAUGUGCACAGAAGUGAUAAAGAUGUAGAGUUUGCUAUUUUUUUCAUCUGAGUAACUCAAGGGGCUUAAAAGUAUUGUUUUGGGUUUUUUUAACUAUUCAUCAACUAUAAGGGUAGUUGAAGCAUUAAAGCCUGACAAGCAUUAGUGUUACAUGAUUUGAAAUAUAGGACUGCCAACCAGUUGUUGAUAUUCUUUUAACAGAGCAAAUCAUUACUUAAAAAAAUUACCUCAAAUCAAAUUUCAGCUUCAAUAUUGUCCAUUAGUAUCAGUGUUCAUAAGCCAAGAAAUGCACAAACUUUUUGUUUACACUCUGCUACACUGUGUAUCUAGGUAUCUGGGACCACAAGAAGCAAAGUCCUCUUUUGAAAGCAUAAUUGCUAACAUUGUUUCACAUAAUAUUUGAGAAACUUGCUCAACUUUACAUUUAUUUUAAUCAAAGAAAGAGAAAUUGGAUUUAGCUGUAAAUGGUGUGAUGAAAGCUAACUAUUGUAUUAUGGAUAAAUGAAGUUUAUAGUCUUUGUUAAAAACAGUAGCCAUUUUAACCACAUCAUGCAGUUGAGUCCACAUGACUAAUAUUUAGAGAAAAAUAUGGCUCUGGCUCAGUUUCGCAUUGAGUUAUGUAGCUGUUUGCAGUACAGUUAAUUCCCCAGAAAUCAGGUAAACUUUGUCCUCUUCAUUAAACACAAGUUCAUGUCAAAGAUUUUGAUGCCUAGUGCAAGCUGGUGGCAGCCUUACUGAGCUAACAUAAUGCAGCAUGACCAAGUCUUCGAAGAGUCUGCUGUGGUGUCCCCAUACCCACUGUUGCAAAAAAAUCUGGUCUUCAGUAUUUGAAACUGGGUCUGGAAGCACAAGAAGCCAAGGGGCAAGUAAAUAAGGAAGACCAAGUAUCUAGACUAUCUGAACAUAGAAAAUUCCAAUCAGCUUUAACAUUAAAAGCUUUUCUAGAUUCUUUUGAGAGCCCAGAGAAUAUAAAUAUGCCCAUGACACUCUGCUCAGAUGCUGCCACAGCAUUAGUAGAAUCAAUAAAAUCUGAGGAAUAUAUUAGUCUUAUCAGUCAUGAUCAGAUGUACAGUUCAGGCCAAAUAUUUGGGAAUAAAGCAAAUAGCUUCUAUUUCGUGUAUAUUAAUGACAUCACCUCGUCUGUGGCUUUCCCAAGUGAUACACAGAUCUAUGUUUGCAGAAAGGAACAGUUUGAAAACAGCUGUUGGUAAUAAGCAGCCAACUUUAAAAGGCCUUUGCAAGUAUAGUUCCUGAGCUUUUUGUCCUUUGGUUAUGACUGAAAAGAAACAUCAUCAUGUGACAAAGGAAAGAAUUCCUUGUUUCACUAAGAAUGGAAUCUUGUAACAGUAAUUAAGAUGACACUUACCAUCAAAGGCUAGUUCCUGCUCUGCACCCCAAUCCCAUCACUACCACUCCCAUUAAAAAACUAAUAUGUCAUGGAGAAAAUUACAAAGGGAACAUUAAUGUCAACACAAAAGAGAAUGUAAUGCAUUGUUGUACAUAUAAAUAUUUAUACAUGCACUCAUGAUUAUUUACUAAAUUCGGUAUGCUAUAUUGCCCUAUGUGGACAGUGAGUGCAAUGGAAUGGACUGAUUGUUUUGCUAGUUGUUGCAGUUAAUAAAGCAAGAGAUCUGUCCGAAA